AUGAAAUCGCAUAUGAGUGGUGAUGCAUUGCUUUGGCUGCUGUUGGUAAACAGUCUCGGACAGUAUUGGGCAAUUGCCGCACGCGCUUCAUUAACCAACAUCCAGUGCACCAGCUUCAAUAAAAGUUUUUUAAAUUUCCCUGAGUGCCGUUUGCGUUUGGUGCAACGCAACUUAAACGAAAUCACCAUCAGAGUGAAGCUUUCCGAGCCACUGGAGGAUGUGACGGUGCACUUGCAGCUUAUGAAAAAAUCAAAUGGCUAUCAUCCCUAUUUAGUCGACACCAAGUUUGACGCCUGCAAAUUCAUGAGCACAAAAAAUAAUCCAUUGAUAAAUUACCUGUACGAUUUUGUGCGACCCUACACAAACAUCAAUCAUUCUUGCCCCUAUGAACACGAGCUGAUUUUAAAAAAUUUACGCAUCGAUCAAAGCCUUUUGAAUGCUGCCACGAUGUUACCCACUGGAGAUUACGCCUUUUACACAACUUACACUGUAAAUAAUAUAAAAAGGGCCUUUCUGCAAUUAUACGUCAAAUACAAGGAAAAUUAA